AUGAUGCAUCGACUACUGUUUGUUGUGUGGAGCGUUGCUUUCCUCCUGCUGCUCGCUGUGACAGGCGCAAAUGGCCUGUACGUGCUGGAGUUGGUCCAAGUGGCCCACCGCAGCGGAGUGGAGCCGCCCCCGGCGGAUGCACCCAACCGAACCAAACAGUGCAGUCCCAACGGCACAACUGACUGCGCAGCCAUGGCAAAUUAUGGCGCGCAGCAGUUGAAGGCCAUGGGGACCUACAUCCGGCAACUUUACAGUGACGAUGCACAAAUUACCAACAGCGCCACGUGGCUGGGAUCCACCUAUGAUCCUACCGCCGUGAGGUCCCGUGCCUUUGCUGACCCAGCCACAGCUCAGGCGGCGACUGCACUGCUGAGCGGCAUUUACGCCUCUCCUGGGGAGUCCAUCACCCCCGCCAUCAUUUCAACCGCCCCUGACCUGGACACCCUGCUCAACGUGGAAGCCAUUCCUUCCUUUGCCAUUGCAAACGAGCUGAAUGCCGCUGCGCUCAACAAGGAGCUUGCGAAAGUGGUGGAUGAACAGUUCCCCGACCCCCAAUCGCUGCCUGCCAUGGGCGCAGAGGUCGGUCUCGACGCGAUCUGCUCAGACUCGUCCCGGCGGGUGUUGUGCUGCGACCGCCUGCAGCGGCUGGCGACGAUGUACACGGCGAUGGGAACUGCCGGCGCCGCCCCCACGCUGGCGGCCCACGCGGCGCAGUUGGAUGCCGUCGCCGCCGCCCGCCACCGCGCCCUCUACGGCUACAACGCCACGCAGUCGACAGGCGCCGCACGCGGGAGCCUCGGCCAGACACUCGCACAGGAAAUGCUGAAGAACAUGCGCCGCAAGAUGCUCCUGGAGGGCAAUAAUGGCCACAACACACACCGCGUCAUGCACUACGCCCACAACAUUCCCAUUGACACGGCACUGGGCUACAGUCCGGAGACCAAGACGCCACUGGCGGAGACGUUCCUGCUGGAUCUUCUCCGAGACGAGGGAACGGGUGCGUUCUUUGUUCGUCUUCGCUACGGAAACGUGGCGCCCGCUGCGUCCCCUGAAGCAGUACCCGCUGUUGCUGCCGCCCUCUUCCCGUUCCGAUGCCUCAGUGCUGCCAACGUGCCCACUGAUGCCACCACAUCAGAUGGUCUAAUUUGCCCCUUUGACGACUUUGCACGUUUUGUGGAUUCCAGCAAGGGUACGGAUGCCGCAGGUGGUGUCUGCUACCUUGACGAGGAUACAAAGAGUGAGUUUGGUUGCAACGUGGAAGGUGCAGCUCCAUCAGAAAAGUGUGCAGGGUACCGCGCAAUGUGUCCAGCUCAGGCGUGUCCGUCAGGCUUCGUUUUUUCCGUUGCAGACGGUUCUUGCAAACAUAUUGACAUUGUUAAAGAUGUUAUUUCUAAUGGACCUGCUGUUGCCGUUGGUAUCGUAUCCGUUUUCUGCGGCUUUGUUUUGUCCUUUGUUAUUAUGCAUAUUUGUCCAAUGUUUUUCUUGAAGAAUGCUAAAAAGAGUGCAAACUCAGACUUUCUAUCCCCCCAAUCCCCGUUGACAGAGACAGGAGCUGUGGAGGAAAAUGGCAAGGGCGUGAGAGAAACAGUCAACGAAAGGGAAAAAGCAACGGAGGAGAAUGACAAUGAAUUUACUCGGAGAGGGUCCUGA